AACUGCCCUGGUCUGGGGGUAGGGGCAGCCCAUAGCCCAGCAGGUGGACAGACAUGGCCCUGGACAGCGUCCCGAGGAAGGUGGGGGUUGUGGGCUAUGGCCGACUAGGACAGUCCCUUGUCUCCCACCUUCUGGCUCAGGGAUCAGAGCUGGGCCUGGAACUUGUUUUUGUCUGGAACCGUGACCCGGGACGGAUGGCAGGGAGUGUGCCGGCCUCCCUGCAGCUCCCCAGCCUGGCCGCCCUUGGGGAAAGGCAUCCCGACCUAGUGGUAGAAGUUGCCCAUCCCCAAAUAAUCCAUGAGUCUGGGGCACAAAUCCUGCGCCAUGCCAACCUUCUGGUGGGGUCUUCCUCAGCCCUGGCUGACCCCAUCACAGAGCAGCAACUCCUGGAGGCCUCCAGACAAUGGAACCACUCUGUGUUUGUGGCUCGAGGGGCUCUGUGGGGGACUGAGGACAUCAGCCGACUGGAUGCUGCGGGAGGCCUCCAGAGUCUUCAAGUCACCAUGGCUACACACCCAGAUGGCUUCCGCCUUCAGGGACCCCUGGCUGCAGCCUGCAGCACUGGGCCUCGCACCGUGCUCUAUGAGGGUCCUGUCCGUGGGCUCUGCCCCCUUGCUCCCCAAAACUCCAACACCAUGGCAGCAGCUGCCCUGGCUGCCCCCAGCCUGGGUUUUGACAAUGUGAUCGGUGUGCUUGUGGCAGAUCUCAGUCUCAAGCACCUGCAUGUGGUGGACGUGGAGCUGCGAGGACCCCCGGGCCCCACGGGCCAGAGCUUCACUGUGCACACUCACAGAGAGAACCCUGCGGCGCCGGGUGCAGUGACGGGCUCUGCCACUGUGACAGCCUUCUGGCGUAGUCUCCUGGGCUGCUGCCAGCUGCCGUCCAGGCCCGGGAUCCAUCUCUGCUGAGGACUCUCCUGUCGGCGGGCACCAAGGCCUCCCCAUCCUCGCCCCCCUCUCGUCCAGGCCUCCUUGCCAGGAGCCCCGCCCCCUCCGGUCCCCGUGAGGAUCAGAGGCCCUGCGGAUCCCGGGCUCUGGCACUCGAGUUCCGGUGUCCCUCUGACGUCACACAUCGUGUACACACGCUGCAUGACGCCAUCCUAAUAACCCAGGUUCCUGUCGCCCUCUGUGACGUCACACGACGUCUGCACACGCCACAGCAAUAAACCCGCACACACGUGAGCAAAGCUCAUAAAAA